GAAAGUCGUGGACGGUAGAGAGCUCGCUUUUCUCCAUAAUCGCUCUCGAUGGCCAAGACGAGCUGCACAAGCUAGUGCUCGGGCCCUUUCUCUCUGCCCGGACAUGUAACGACGUCGCUCGCUCUGGCUUUGACCGCAGCAAAGUGCAAGAGCGAGCGCAAGUCGGGGGAGAGUGGUGAGUGCUGCUGCAAACGACGACGAACGCAACAACAAGUGCUCAUGACGAAAUCUCACGCGGCCUCGUUAUGGUGAUGGAUGAGAUGGAUGAGAUAGAUGAGCUGCAAAAGUGUCCGUGAGUUGGAUGCCAAUGAACGAGGCGAACGAGCGAGCGAGCCACCGCUGGGCACUCGACUCCAUGUUUAUGAUUGGGGUCCCCAGCUCGACGACCCCAAUCCCGCUGGCCACUUUUUGCAUGAGAUGAGUAAGUGUGCGCUUGCGAUGCGUGCUCUCGAGGCACCAGCAGCAGCUGCGGCAGCUGAUCGGAGCGAACGAGAGAAGAGUGUAGAACCCAAACCCAGACGGGACGGGACGGGCUCGCUGUUAAUUCUCGUCGUUGCGUACGUACGUCGCCGUCGUCGUUGUUGUCUCGAGGUCUGGGCCCCAUGGAGCCCCUAAUGACGUUGACUGCGGAAGAAAGGAAGGAAAGAAAGACAGACAGAAAGCUUCAGUGGCGACGACGAUCGUCGUACGUGAGGCAGGAGAGGGAGGCGGAGAGGGAGGGAGAAAGUUGGGGGCUUGGCUUGGUUGGGUUGGGAGUCGGGACAUGAAAUCCAGAAGGACGGAGAGUCGGACAGAGGCACUGUGAAAGAGAUGGCAGCGGGAGAUGGUCAGAAUCUGGGAUGGGCAAAUCGGGAGAGAAAAAGGUCAGCCUCCCCCCGCCUGCCCGGGGACAGGUUUGUCGUGAGGGGAGGCCUAGAGCUACCAGUGGCAGCGCGCACUAACGAAAAGGAGAAUCUGCAGCGCAGAUUUGAUGCUCUCGGUGCGGGUUGCUUCGAUUAGUCGAGCAUGUUCACCCCCCAGAGCGCAAGUCGAGUUCGGCGGGUUCGUUGGAGUGCGACAUGAGCCUGGACAUUUUCACUGCUCUCUCUCUCUCUCUCUCUCUCUCUGAUAUGGUUAUCUCUACAGGGCCAGAGGGUUAAAACUUUGCAUUUAUGGAAUUGUAAGCUCCGAUCUAGGAGCAUGUUAGUCCUCAAGAAUUCCUGCCGGGUCAGACGUUCAGCUCGCAGGGCGACGUACAAGACAGAUUCUCACCGAAAUCUGCACUUUUAACAUCUGAGAUUCUGAUCGUAAUCUCCACAGGAACUCCGACUGACCCAUCCCACAACCUUCACCUUAAUGUGACAUACGGCUCCUCGUCUUGAGCCCGGUCCGAUCUGACCCGAGCGUAUGUUGAGAUAAUUGUCACCGAGAAACUUGCACUACAGUCGCCCCCCCGUCCUCCCUCCCCGAGCGAGAGCAGCAGUAGCCUUGUCGCUGCAUUAGUCUCGAUGCCCCCGGCGCCCAAUGAUCACAGAAGCAUCCGCAUCCGCAUCUAAUUUGGAAGCAUGUUAGGCAUCAACGAUACCUGGCGCAUCGGCCGUCGUCGACGACGCCUAAAUGCGGAAUUCUGACGAGCAAUUUGUCACCAGUCUGCCUUCGGCGGUCAAUGUUUUGAUCCUCUCUUAUCUGCAACAGGGAAAAGUCAGCCAGUCAGUCUCGCAUCUGUUUCAUACAUCGCCGAUCGAUUUUAUGCUCCUUCUUCUGCUCGACAUUAUACGUCUCUGUCUCGGCUCGCGUUCAUUUCAGCUCCAUCUUGGUGAGGUGAGGUGAGAUGAGCAGUGACUAUUAUGACGUUUCACAAUGGACUCCUAAAUCUCCUCCUUGGCGAUAUUGCCAUAAUUGUAUCCCUCACAGUGAUUCGUUCUCUCCUCUCCUCUCCUCCAACACAGUGAUGAUGGUCUUUGAAUCUCCAAAGGUUCGGCGAUCAGAUUUGCGAUUCAGAUGCAUUGCCCUGGCAUCGAGCUUCCCUUCCCAGCCGCUGCAGACACGUGCACUCGAUACAUCGGUCUGUACAUACGCUCGCUCGCUCUGGGAAACAGUUCGCCCUCGCUGACAUGCCACUGGCCACAAUCGACGACCUUCGAGUUUGACGGACCCAAGUUUAGAAAGCGCUCGUCCAUGCACAUUCGAGUCUCCCCAAAAGAGAACGUGCACUUGCGCCCUCAGUCUGCUGAUGUCAGUCAGGCCCGAGUCUCUCCAUGGAGCCAGUCCUGAGACGUGGACGUGAGGGGCUCUCGAGACCCACCCAGCCGCAGCGAUGCGACUGCCGGGCCGAAGUUCUCGGAUCGAGACAGACGACUGCGACUACGAGUUGAGGUGGGCUGGGCUCGAAUUGGAUCGAGAUUUCUGUGUUUCCGAAUUUCGUCGGUCCGAAGAUGGAAACUUCGAAUUCCAUGGACCUGUAGCAUGAACAUAGGCGAAGAACGUCCUCCCUCCCUCGAGGCUGGUCACGGAAUGUGGCAUCGCGUCGUAAAGCAUCAUAAUAAAUAUUCAAAGAUUGAUUGGUCUCCUCGAGGAAAAGUGCGGCUCCCGGCGGUUCAUCGGUUUCGGAGGCCACAAAUCCUGCGGCAUUAUAAGAACGUGGUGGCUCUCACAUUAGGCCUGCGAAUGAAUGAAUGAAUGAUGCAGCAGCGUCUGCGAUCCGAUCGCAACCCCGCAAUCAUGUUGCAGCACUUCUCUUCGGGAAGAACUUUUGAAGAUCACGAGUCUCGUACGCACAUGACAUCACCGGACCUCCUCCAGAAGAAAAUGCGAGUCAAACCUCGGGCGUUACACUCGCUGACAUCCAU